GGGAAAGAAAGAGAGAAAAGCAAAAACGAAAGAGUACAUGCGCGUAAUCUCAUCCGCGAGCAGAAAAUUGUACUCAGUUGUAUUUUCACUGUUGUCACAUAUCGAGAAAAGUAAUUUACCCGUGUAAACCGAGAACGAUUGAAUGAACGCGAAUAAGUGAGAAACGGGAGGAAAAGAAGACAGGUGUCGAACAUGUCGCGUUGCUAUGAAACUCGGUGAUAUUUUUCGUCGAAAGGUAAAAAAACAUAAGGAAAAAGUAAGAAGGAUCGGUAGAACGCAAAAAAAAGAUUUUCUCAUAUUAUUUGUCGCGCGUGCGAGAGAGAGAGAGAGAGAGAGAGAGAGAGAGAGAAAGAGAAAGAGAGAGCAGACCGUAUUUCUCGGAAGGUCACACAAGGCAAUAUAGAAACUAUCCAUCGCGUUCGUUAUAUGUGUGGUGGUCCGAAAAAGAUAAUUCGAAGUGGGGAAUCUUGAGAAACUUGAUCUCGCUGAGACGGGUCAGCACGCAUUGGUCGCGUAAAGGGGAGAUCCUGACGCAAGUGCGAAGAGAGAACAGACAGAAAAAAUCUAGAUCCGGGUUGUGCGCGUAUGCUACGAUUUUGGAAGAACGAUCUACAAAUGGAGCACGGGUGCGUCCUUAAAACGAAAAUGAGCGCAGAAAUGAAGUAUCGUUAUUUUAGUAUUGUUCUAAAUAUUGAUUUUUAACGCUCGACUCCGUCGGAGAGAGAUAUCUGAACUCUCUCGCUUAUGCGAAAAUCAUACUAUGAGUAGUACAUUCGGAACGGAGGCAUCAACGGUCGCGGUCUCGAUGAUUGACGAUACGAUGACCGAUGCCACUAAGAAUUUCGAAAAUAUCGUUGACAAGGAAGCGACACCUAUUUUCUUGCAGACUCGAGCUGCUCAGGGCAUAGCCGGUGCUUUUGUCUGGUUAGCUCUUUUUUUAACUUGCCAACAGAUUUAUCAGCAUUUAAGAUGGUAUACCAAUCCCACGGAACAACGAUGGAUAGUCAGAAUACUAUUCAUUGUACCGAUUUAUGCUACUUAUUCUUGGGUGUCCCUAUUAUUUUUCAAUAGCGAAAGCUACUAUGUUUAUUUCUUUACUGUACGAGACUGUUACGAAGCAUUUGUUAUAUAUAACUUUCUGUCCUUAUGCUACGAGUACCUGGGUGGUGAAGGGAACAUUAUGUCUGAAAUAAGGGGAAAACCAAUACGUUCCAAUUGCUUGUAUGGAACAUGCUGCCUAGUUGGAAAGACUUAUACUAUUGGUUUCUUGAGAUUUUGUAAACAAGCAACUUUACAAUUCUGCUUGGUCAAGCCUGUAAUGGCUUUCGUCAUUAUAUUUCUUCAAGCAUUUGGCCAUUAUAGAGAUGGAGAUUGGUCUCCAGAUGGUGGUUAUAUUUAUAUAACAGUGAUUUAUAAUAUCAGUGUAUCUCUUGCUCUUUAUGGACUUUUUCUUUUUUACUUUGCAACAAGAGAACUGCUCACUCCGUUUGAACCAGUUUUAAAAUUUUGUACCGUCAAAAGUGUCAUUUUUUUGUCAUUUUGGCAAGGAGUGUUAUUGGCCAUUCUUGAAAAAGCGAAUGUAAUUUCACCAGUAAUAGAUAGCUUAGGUCAAUCAACAAGCGCUGGUACAGUUUCUGCUGGUUAUCAAAAUUUUCUAAUUUGCAUUGAAAUGUUGUUUGCUGCUAUUGCAUUGCGCUAUGCAUUUCCAUAUCAAGUAUAUUCAGCUGGUUGUGUUACUGACUCUAGAGGAAGAAGUGUGACAAUGCAAAGUAUUAGUAGCAGUUUGAAAGAAACUAUGAAUCCAAAAGACAUAAUGACUGAUGCCAUCCACAACUUUCAUCCACAAUAUCAACAGUAUACGCAGUACAGCUCUGGAGGACCGAAGGGGCAACGUGGUAUGCGAGUAUCCAGCUUUGAUCCUGAUGAUCCACAAAAUAUGCCAGUACCACCACCACAGAGACGUAAUACUUCUCAUCAACGAGUUGCAACUAUCUCACAAAAUUAUAAUGAAAAAACUAUGUUAUUGAGUAGCGAUGAUGAAUUUCAAUAAAUAUGGAAAGUAAUUGAUUAAAUGCAGAGCUUACACAGAUGACAUAUAUUAAAUUAUAUAUAUAUAUAUAUAUAUAUAUAUAUAUAUAUAUAAAUUUAUGUUAUUAUAGUAAUAUGGAAUUAUUACUAACUAAGAAUCUGCUUACAGUGAUUAAAUACAUUCUUUUAAUUGUACAUCAUUAGAUAGGAAUAUGACUUGCUCAUGAGAAAAUACUGAAAGAUAGAAAAAAAUCAUACGGUGUAUAUAUGCACCGUAUUCUAAUAGUUCCAUACCAUUACAUUCAUGUUAAUACAUGUAUUAUGUUAUACCAUAUAAACAUAGUAUAGAAGAUAUUUAUUUUAAUAUGCUGACAUGAUUAAAACAGUUAUCUAUAAAUGUGGCUACUUUGUAAAGCUACAACAAACUUUAUUUUAGGAUAAAAUUUAAUUCAUAAAGACUACCUGUAUAGUACUUAACUUUAAAUAGACACUCGCGUUGUUAUGUUACUUUUCUAUAAUUUAUCAGUAUUUUUCUGAGAAGAUCAGAAUUAUUUAAGCAUUUCCACAUUGAUAUAAUCCUUUAUCAAAACUGCAAUAUUUUGUUAAGAAAUAUUCACAUGACGCGAUAAUAAGCAAAGUAUAAAAUUUAUUAAAGGUACUUAUAAUUAUAUAUAAAUGUAAAUCACAAAAACUUUUGCGUCCUAGAUUAAAGAACUAAUAAAUGUAUAUAUUGUUAACAUAAAUUAUAUUUAAUAUAACAUAAAAUAAU